CAAAUGUCAAAUUCGUGAUACCGAUUCAAAUUUAACUAAUAUUCUCAUACUCUUCGUUUACAUAUGUCAUAGUGAAGAAUAAAUAGUAAAAUAUUUAAAAUGAUGACUGAUAUGGAAGAAACAGAAGUGAAACAUGUUCAAUCACAAAUUGAGAGACAUGAUUGCGAAGAUGAUCAAGUACACUAUUCAGAAGCCACAAAGAAAUUGGCCAUAGGGCUUUUAAAUAUUUAUCAGUUACCAUCGGAACAAGUUCAGAAAGAACUGAACGAAGUAACGGGUAAACAAGAAACUUUACUCUGUCAGAUGCAAGUUGAAACCAAAAAACUUCAAGAAAGUUUGGAAGAUAUUGAUUUAAAUGAAACGUUUCAAAUGAUAAAAGUUUAUCAAGGAAAACUAACUCUAAUGAAAAAAGAGAUGGCUUCCAUUCAUGAGAGAACAUUCAAAUUAAAAAAACGAGCAUUAAGGUUACAACAAAUGAAACAGAAGGAGGCUUUGAAUAAGGAACAGCAGCGGGAGCAGGAAAUCCGUCGUGAACAAGAAUUAAUUGGUAAACCUGUAGUGAGUUAAGAAAGAGCAACCACUGAGGGAAAUGACUUACACCAGGAAAACUGAUUAAGUGUACAUAAAAGCAAUAU